AUGAAGUGUUUAUUAUAUAUACUAUCAAUUCCUAAAACCUUCGCUGCUACAGUGAAGUUUCCUCUCUUUCUUAUUUGCACACGAAAGUCUUCUCCUUUCUUAUUUUGCCACUCUUCUUUUCCUUCGUGCUUAUCUUCUUCUCCUCUGCGUCGGUUGACGCCUUUUUCCUCCAAUAAGGUGUUUGACGGGAUGAGAAAGCAGGAACAGGUAUGUGUGUUCGUGAUUAUUAGAGAAAUUUGA